CACGGCUGUGGUGACGUAUUUCCUUGUCACUGACUUUUCCUCCUCCCCUGUUUUCCCCGUGCUCACUUUACUUCCUGUGGCUUCGGGUUAAGUUGGGGCUCUUGAGGCUGUUGGCCUUGUAGGAUUCGUGAUGGAUGAGCUUCCACCUCAGAUGUCGGCUCAAGACCACGGAUCUUUUGCAUAUUUUACAAUGAAAAACCGAGCACCACAGAUCCUAGCAAAGGUUAUUGAUACAUUGGACCAACAUAAAGAUGAAUUCUUUGAGAAGUAUGGAGAGGUAGGCGCUGAAGCAGGAAAGAAAGCUUUCUCUCUUCUUUCUAAGUUACAUAAUGAUCUAAAAACUGAUGAGCCAUUACUGCCUUUGAGUGAUACCUGGGUUGAUGCUGAUGUAUGGAACAAAUACCUGGAAUAUCAUCAUAGUCUUUUAAAUGAAAAUGAUAAAAAAAUAAGUUGGUUUCAGUCUCCUUGGUUAUAUGUAGAGUGUUAUAUGUACCGUAGAAUUCAUGAAGCAUUACUUCUAAGUUCACCAAUCAGUGACUUUGAUGUGUUUAAAGAAUCAAAACAACAGAAUUUCUUGGAAUCACAGGAUGCUAUCAUAACUUUAUGUAUUUACCUACAAGAGUUAAGUAGUGGGAUUGAAAACCUAAAUGAAAAUCAACUGAAAAAUGAGUUUUUUAAACUCUUGCAGAUUUCGUUAUGGGGAAAUAAGUGUGAUCUGUCACUUUCAGGUGGUCAGAGCAGCUCUCAGAUAGCUAGUCCAUUGGCUGUUUUGGAUGAACUGAAGCCUUUCAUUUUAGUGAAUAAUUUGGAAACGCUUUGGUCACUUCUUAUAAACAGAAAGAAAACUAGUCAGGAGAAAUUUUCUACUACUAGAGUGGACUUUAUCCUGGAUAAUGCAGGAUUUGAACUUGUUACAGAUUUGAUAAUGGCAGACUUCCUGUUAACAUCUAAGCUGGCUACUGAGAUCCAUCUUCAUGGAAAAAGUAUUCCCUGGUAUGUUUCAGAUACUAAUAAAAAAGAUCUAAAUUGGAUGAUUGAAGAAUUAAAAGCCUCCAAUACUAAGUGUUUGUUUGAGUGUGGAGCUAAUUGGGAGCAUUAUCUUAAAAAGCAUUCAUGGGUUUACCAAGAUCAUGGGUUUUGGACUCUGCCUUAUGAAUAUUGUGCUAUGUCUCAUUUUGCUCCUGAUUUAUAUGCUGAACUAGAGAAGUCAAAUUUAAUUCUUUUCAAAGGCGAUUUAAACUAUAGGAAAUUAGUAGGAGACAGAAAGUGGAAGUUUACAGUUCCAUUUCAUCGGGCUUUGAAUGGCUUCCAUCCUGCACCUCUCUGCAGCAUAAGAACUAUAAAAGCUGAAGUUCAGGUUGGUUUGGCACCUGGGCAAGGAGAAGAGAUUACAGAUACUGAUCCUCAGUGGAUGACCACUGGAAAAUAUGGUGUAUUUCAGUUUGAUGGGGCCCUUUGAUUUGGCUUAAGGGAUUUUUAAACCUUUAAAGAGAAGCUCUAACUUAGCAUAUUUACUUCCCAGAAAAGUAAUUUUAAAACUUAAUUACUUUGAAGGAAUGGGGUUACCUUUUGAAAGCUUAACCUAAUUUCAACAUCAGUUGCUCUUUUGUACUGAUAUUGCUGAUUAAGGUUCUUUAAGUUCAGCUGCUUUAAGAGUCUUAAAGACAUUUCAUUUCUUAUUUUUCAUUGAAGUUUUAUGUCUUGUCCAAAAUUUCAGGAAGUUACUGAGAAAUGUAAAAAGUGUAUUUUGCUUUUAUAGUUAAAUACACUUAGACUUAUUUAUUUUUACCAUUUAAAAGUAAAGUACCUACAUGGUAUUUAAAAUUUGGGGAAAUAUUAAAAUAUUUUAACUUAAUUUUAUACUGCAUGGAUAUUAAUUUAUCUACCUUUAGGAUGAAUGUCUUAAAACUAAUGUUUGAAAUACAGGGAAGUAGAAAAUUAAUUUGAUAGUAUUGAUAAUACAAAGGAAUUAAGUAGCUUUGGUACUUAAAUUUCUUGAUGAUAGUAACCUUCAUUCAUAUGCAUUCUAUGUUCUUGUCCCAUUUAAUUUUUUAAAUAAAAUUGUCUGAAUUACAAAAAAAAAAUGAAAAAAAAAAAAAACAACAGACUGAGAGGAAAUAUAUUGAAGAAUGUUACAUCUUUUUCAUCUUUAUUAAUUAUAUCCAUGAAAUAAAAGAUAUUUUGAUCAAAUUGUCUUUAGAAAUGGAGAUUCCUUUUUUGCUAAUUGGUUGUAAUAGACUUUGUCCCUGAUUGAAUAACAUGUAUUCUCAUGUUUUGAAUUUGGAAGGAUGUCUUUCCACCACAAAUCAGUUUUGGACCUGAGUUGUUUUAGAACAUAUAACCAUUUUACCACCUUGGUUUGAAAAAAUAUAACUGAAUAUGAUUUCUGGGGCUUUGCCAAUAAAAUACAUUAAAAUUCCA